AUGAUUCUCGAAGAAGCUGUAUAAAAUUUGAUUUCUAUAUCAAGCUUGGAGUUGAAGAUGAUUACGUUAGAUUAUAAAAGAUUGCUGAAGGAAUUAAACAAAUUUCAUAGAGUUUAAAAACCCAAAAAAAUUUCAACAGUCCUACUUUAAUCAAAUAAUGUAUUAAUAUAAUGUUAUAUAAGUGAUUUGCUCUUAUCCUUUUUCAGAUGUAACCAUAGAAAUGUUGUUGAAUGAGUGUUUUGAGUAGCAUAAAAGUGACCCUAAAUUUAUUACAGCUUUCCAUAAAGCUUUAUAAGAAGUGGCAAUUCUUUAAGAAUUUAGAUAAUUUUUGGGAUCUAGAUCUUUAUUUAAUAAGUAAAAUCGUAAGCUUUCUCAUAAGUAUAUAAAUAAGUUUUAUAAUAGCAAUAACAUUACUUCUAUACUAAAGGAAUAACUGAAAUAAGGCUCAAUUCCUUUUAGCAGAGAAGUCAUAGAAAGACUAAUUAUUGCUAAACGAUUUUCUGUCAAGUUUAUUAUCCCAAUAUUUACUCUUUCAAAAGAGUAUAAAUUUGAUCUGGAAUAAAUGGCAUCCAUAUUUAAACUUUUUCUAAUGCACACUAAAAAUGAGGAGUUCUAACUUCAAAUUAUUGAUAUCUAUGAAGAAUUAAAAUUAUCUAUAUUUAAAGAUCUCGAAUGGAUUGAAGAACAUAAUUAAGAAUUAGAAGAUUGUAUAAAUAUCUAAAAAAUUUUAUUUUAGAUUUCAUUUAAAAUAAAAUCAAAGUUCCUUAAAAAUUAAUCUAAAGUAAAUUGAUUCAUAUCAAAAAUAAAAACAAAAAAUUGCUUCAUUAACAUUUCAUUAAGAAAUGUAAUAUAAAAAGUGAAACUGAAAGUGAUUCUUUAUCUAUCAGUCCAGAAUAACCUAAAAUAAUAGAUUAUAAAACUAAAAUUUAACAAUGGCUUUGUAAUAAAGAAACACCUACUAUUGAUAUGGAUAAUUAUGUGUAUUUUACUAAUUCUGAAAAUUUAAACGCUGUUCUUUCUUAUAUCUUAAAUCCAUGUAAAAUUGAAUUAAUUGGAGAUUGGGUAUUAAUAGAAUUUAUCAUCAUAGGAGAAGAUGUUUAUAGAUUAAGAAGCUAAAUUUAAUAAAAAACAUUUUAAAAACAUAUCUAAUUAAUUAGACAAAUUUCAAAUCAUUAGAUCAUAUAAAACUGUCUUAUUAUUUUAAAAUUAAAACAAUAUUCGUUAAAUUGAUAGAUUGCUAACAACUUUUGUUGAAGUUUCAUGUAUAAUAUUUAGCUAUUAAAAGUUAGAAAAAUAUAUGAUUCUUUAAUAAGUGAUGAAAUUAACUUAAAUAUUAAUCACUUAGUUAGUUUCAUAGAACAAUUGUUAUUUUUAAAUCCUUAAAAAAGUGCUUAUUAGAUCUUAGAAUACAAUUUAUUAUUCACUUUUUCAUUGUAUAUAUAUAAUCACUAAAUGACUACUUUCAUUGGAGAUAUUUUGAGUCUGUGGAUAGAUAAAUUUAAAUUUGGUUUUUAUUUAUAAGAAUAAAUUUGGAAAUAUUUAGAUUAUACAAAUUGGUUUAACUUUUUCUAUCAAAUUUUAUUGAAACAACCAUUGAGAAAUGAACAAUGUUAUUAAGAAUAUAAAUCAUUAAAAAUUGUAAAUAUUUAAAUAAUAAUUUAAGGAUAGCAUUUUAGCUUUUGUUAAACUAUUAAAAUCUCCUGAAAAAACACAAUAAACAUAAAAUGAUUUUUAGAAUUCUGUUACAAGUAGAUAAGAACCAUUGACACCAAUUGAAUUUUCAGAAGAGUAAUAAAUAUUAAAUUCUUCAUAAUGGAUUUUAGAUAAUAAUUCAACAGCAAAUUAAAUCAUGGAUGAUAUGAACUAAAAGGAUAUUGAUAAUUUAAAGCAUUUUAGCAAUGAGAAAAAUAAAUCAAUAAUGACAGAAUUAUAAGAAUCAUCCCCUUUGAGAAUAAGAAUUAUGUAAUCAUCUUAUAAUAAAGGAUUUUAUGGUUAAUAAUCAAAUAAAAAUUUAAUUUCUCCAAAAGGGAAAAUGAAUCACAGUUCUGUUAGUCUACCUUCUAUUGAUAAUAAAAUUAGUAAGAGUGAAAGUGUAGAUUCUUAAAAUUGUUAAAAUUAUGCAUCAAGAUAAAGAAAUAAGACAUAUAUAAUAUCUUAAGAUGGAUUUUCCACUACAAAACUUAUUUCUAUAUAUCCAAGAAGGAAUAUCGAUUUAUAAUUUACACAUUUUGAAACUGCUUAAUAAUUUUUUCAUUAUAACACACAUACUCUUAAAGGUUGUACUCAAGUUUUCAAAAUACUAAAUGAUUCAAUAUUUAAUUCUCUCUAUUAUUAAGAAAAUUUGGUUAAGGAUUAAUACUAAAGAUAGCAAUUUUUAAAUCUAGCAUAAAGAUCCUUUAUUAAUGAAAGGACAAUAAUUAUGUUAUUCAAAAUUUACUUAUAUGGAAUAUUUGAUUUAGAAAGCAAACAACUUUAAAAAUAAUCUAUUGAAUGCGGUCUUAUUAUUAAUGAGAUUUAUAAGAAUUGUCUAAUAAUAUAAGAAAAAAAAUUAAAUGAACUGCUUAAAAAUUGUUUCAGUUAAGUUGCAGAUUUUGUAAGCAAGAAAAUUAUAGAAUUAAAUAGUCUUACUUAGAUAACUGAUUUUAAAUUUAAAUAAUAUCUAUUAUUUACUACUUUAGUAAAUGGCUUACUUUAUUUUGAUGUUUAUGAUCCGAAUACGGAUGAAAAAAAUAUUUAUAAAUAUUUAAAUGAAACAGUGAUGCAUAUUUUAAUUAUUUGGUUUUUUAAUAGUCAUCAAAACAAUAUUUUUUAACUGAAUUUCGUUAAGUAAAUUAGAGUAUUAUUUUUUAUAGACUAAUUGCAAUCCUAUUUUCUAGAGCACCAUAAUAUUAAUUAUCAAAUUUAUUAUUUCAUGUUGGUUUUCUGACUUCUUUAUUUAAUGGAUAUUAUACAUACAAUAAAAAUGGAUGCAAAAAUAUAGAUUAUGUUGAAAGUUUAUAUAUGAAUAUUAUGUAUCUAAUAUACAUAAUUAAUGCUAAUGUCUAUUCAAGAUAGCUUACAUAAUUAAUAUCUAAUUUGGAAUCAUCAACAUCAUGGAAAGGAAUUUAAUAAUGUGUUAAUGGAGUUUCAACUAAUUUCUAGAAUCAAUUAAAUCAAUUAAUGAAUUUAUAAAAAUCUUAAACAAUAAAAAGAUUAAAAACUAUUUAGAAAAUAGUUGUACAGCCAAAUUCUAAAGAUUCAGUUAGAGGUAAAAAUGAAUAAAAGAAUGAAUAAUUAAAUGAAUUAUUAAAAUAAAAGUAACAUUUAAAUAUUAUCUAUUAGAUCUAUUACGAAAGAAUCAUCCCCUGUUAAAUAGUAGAUCUAAAUCAAGAAGUUAAUUAGAUAUAGAACUAAGAAUAGUAUAAAGGCGUGA